CAUGCUAACAUGCUGAUGUUUACCAUGUUGUUCACCAUCUUUGUUUAGCAGGCUAACAACUGUUAAAUAACACAAAACACAAAGUAUAACUGAGGCUUAGCAGUAAAUAUGAAGGAGGAGUUGCUAAAAAAUGUAUCUAUAAAAACUCCAGAAAAACUCAGAACUUCACUGCACCCCGGUAAUACAGGUUGUGGAGGAAAAAUGAAUGCCAUCCAGGUGAUUUCCCUCACCCUGCUGUCCGCUUUGGCGGUCAACGCUCAGGUCCUCAUGCCAGGAAGAUGCCCCAAGCUGGCCGUUCAGGAGAACUUUGAUACUGCCAGGUACCUUGGUAAGUGGUACGAUGUCCAGAGACUGCCGCAUGCCUUCCAGAAAGGCGAGUGCUGCACUGCCACCUACAGCCUGAAGAGCCCUGGAGUCGUUGGUGUCUUCAACAGCGAGCUGCUAUUAAGAUGCAUGAUCAAUGUGAUGAUACUGUGCUUGCUGCAGGUCUCCUUCUUUGAGAACGCUCCCCAUGCUCCUUACUGGGUGCUGUCCACCGACUACGACACAUACUCUCUGGUCUACAGCUGCACCGACCUCGGCGUGAUGCAUAUGGACUUUGCCUGGAUCCUGAGCAGAGAACCCACCCUGCCCGAGGAGACCCUCGAGGAGCUGCACAGCACGCUGUCCUCCAUCGGAGUCAGAGUGGACAAGCUGCUCACCACCAGCCAGGAUGCAGCUUACUGUAGUGCCAUGAACCAGUAAACAGACCUGAU